UUUAUAAUUAUUGUUCUUCGCAUCCCUCAACUUCGCUGAAUUCCAGACCAAAAAUCUCAGGCCUUGAAUUGAAACAAGACUUCCUUGGAGUUUACGAAAUCGACCAUGUUUAUGCUGAUCAACUGUUCCAACUGCCGCAACCCUCUCCAGCUUCCGCAGGGCGCCCGAUCCAUCCGCUGCGCCAUCUGCCAGGCUGUCACCCACGUGGCCGAUCCCCGCGCACUGCCGCCUCCUUCGUCCCACACUCCGCUCUUCCCCUCCGCUUCCCAGCCGACGCCUCCUGCUCCUUCGCCCUACGGCCAGGCGCCCCGGGGGCCGAUUCCGAACGCGCACGGGAGGAAGAGGGCGGUUAUAUGCGGGAUAUCGUACAGGUACUCGACGCAUGAGCUCAAGGGGUGCAUCAACGACGCCAAGUGCAUGCGCUAUCUCCUUAUCAACAAGUUCAAGUUUCCCCCGGACUCCAUUAUCAUGCUCACCGAAGAAGAAACUGAUCCGUACAAAAUCCCAACAAAAUACAAUAUUAGAAUGGCAUUAUAUUGGCUUGUACAAGGUUGUCAACCAGGAGAUUCCUUGCUGUUUCACUAUUCUGGUCAUGGUUCACGACAGAGGAACUAUAACGGUGAUGAAGUUGACGGAUAUGAUGAAACUCUAUGUCCCUUGGACUUCGAAACUCAGGGUAUGAUUGUUGAUGAUGAAAUCAAUGCAACAAUUGUUAGACCUCUUCCUCAUGGUGUUAAGCUUCAUGCAAUAAUAGAUGCUUGUCAUAGUGGCACUGUACUAGAUUUGCCAUUCCUUUGCCGGAUGAACAGGACUGGACAAUAUAUAUGGGAGGAUCAUCGCCCUCGAUCGGGUGUAUGGAAAGGAACAAGUGGGGGAGAAGCUAUAUCCUUUAGUGGUUGUGAUGAUGAUCAGACCUCGGCUGAUACAUCUGCUCUAUCAAGGAUCACAUCAACAGGUGCCAUGACUUUCUGCUUUAUCCAAGCAAUUGAGCGUGGGCAUGGGAAUACAUAUGGAGGAAUGCUAAAUUCAAUGCGUUCAGCAAUUCGAAGUACCGGUAGUAACGACAUGGGUGGAGGUGUUGUGACAUCUCUUCUCACCAUGCUUUUGACAGGAGGCAGUGUUAGUGGUGGGCUAAAACAGGAACCACAGUUGACUGCCUGCGAACCAUUUGAUGUGUAUUCAAGACCGUUCUCCCUAUGAUUGUUAAUAUUGCUUUUUUUAUCAACUAUAUUUGGUUUUCAAUAAUAUUGAGGAAAAGGGUUUUCUUUAUCGUUAAAGAAACAUUGGAUAUGAAAUAUGUGAUGGAUUUUAUUGGUGGAACUAAGUUUUAUAUCUCCAAACCUCGUGUUCGUUACACAAUAUUCAGGGUUUAUGUUGCCUUUAGUUGCUGUCUAUGUUCUUUUGUAAAAUAAGUUAAAUAAUCAGAGGAUUGGAAGCAGUAAACAAAGAACAGAUUGACAGUUGCUAGCGUCUUUGUGCGUGUGCACUCCCAUGUGUUUUACCAUAUUCUUGGACGGACUGUAAUGAGUGUUGUAAAUCGAGGAAGACUUCUUUUGUGAAUUUAUAGUAAAGGGUUCAAGAUUUAUUCA